AGCUCGCUGCUGGAAUCCUCCGCUUCCGCUGGGUCACUGUCGCCGCUACUCCCUUUCACCCCCUUAAAAGCUCCAAGGGCCACUCCCUUCUCUAGUGCUCCACGUCCGCUCGCCCUCGGGGGGCCAGACCAGCGACAUGGAGGGUUGCGUCGGGGAAGAAUCUUUUCAGAUGUGGGAGCUCAAUCGACGCCUGGAGGCCUACCUGACCCGGGUCAAGACGCUGGAGGAGCAGAACCAGCUGCUCAGCGCCGAGCUUGGGGGACUCCGGGCGCAGUCCGGGGACGCCUCCUGGCGAGCCCGAGCCGACGAAGAGCUGGCAGCCCUGCGGGUCCUCGUCGAUCAGCGCUGGCGGGAGAAGCACGAGGCUGAGGUGCAGCGCGACAACCUUGCCGAAGAGCUGGAGAGCGUGGCGGGCCGGUGCCAGCAGGUGCGGCUCGCCCGGGAGCGGACCAUCGAGGAGGCAGCCUGCAGCCGGCGCGCGCUCGAGGCGGAGAAGAAUGCGCGGGGCUGGCUCAGCACCCAGGCGGCCGAGCUGGAGCGCGAGUUAGAGGCUCUGCGAGCGGCGCACGAGGAAGAGCGCGCGCACCUGAACGCCCAGGCCGCCUGUGCGCCGCGCCGACCCCCCGCGCCCGCCCACGCAUCCCCCGUCCAGGCCCCUGAAGUCGAGGAGCUGGCCAGGCGCCUAGGCGAAGUGUGGCGCGGUGCGGUGCGUGACUACCAGGAGCGCGUGGCUCACAUGGAGAGCUCGCUGGGCCAGGCCCGCGAGCGUCUGGGCCAAGCCGUGCGGGGCGUUCGGGAGAGUCGCUUAGAGGUGCAGCAGCUGCAGGCUGAUCGCGACAGCCUCCAGGAGCGCAGAGAGGCGCUGGAACAGAGAUUGGAAGGCCGCUGGCAGGACCGGCUGCAGGCCACUGAAAAGUUCCAGCUGGCUGUGGAAGCCCUGGAGCAGGAGAAGCAGGGUCUACAGAGUCAGAUCGCUCAGAUCCUGGAAGGUGGGCAGCAACUGGCACACCUCAAGAUGUCCCUUAGUCUGGAAGUGGCUACAUACAGGACUCUGCUGGAGGCUGAGAACUCUCGGUUGCAGACACCUGGAAGAUGUUCCCAGGCUUCUCUUGGCUUUCCCGACCCCAAGCUGAAGCUGCAUUUCCUUGGGAUACCAGAGGACCAGCACCUGGGAUCUGUGCUCCCUGUCCUCAGCCCGACAUCCUUCUCUUCCCCCUUGCCUAACACCCUUGAGACUCCUGUGACAGCCUUUCUGAAGACACAGGAAUUCCUUAAGGCCAGAACCCCCACCUUGGCCAGCACUCCCAUCCCACCUAUGUCUGAGGCUCCCUGUCCUAAAAAUGCAGAGGUCAGAGCCCAGGAUGUCCCCCAUUCCCUGCUCCAGACACAGGGUGGGAGGCAACAGGCUCCAGAGCCUCUUUGGGCUGAGGCCACAGUGCCCAGUUCUACUGGUGUCCUCCCAGAGCUGGAGGAGCCUGGGGGUGAGCAGCCGGACCACUUCCCUGAUGAUCCAACCCCCUUAGCCCCACCCCUCCUCAACCCUCACCACUCUAUUUUAGAGGAUAAAGAUAGAGAAUCCAGUGAGUCUAGAGUUUCUAGCAUAUUCCAGGAAGAAGAAGGGCAAAUCUGGGAACUUGUAAAGAAAGAAGCAGCCACAGAGGUAAAAGUAGAAAACAGCUUAGCACAGGAAAUACAAGAAAGUGGUCUGGACACAGAAGAAAUCCAGGAUUCCCAGGGACCUUUGCAGAAGGAGACCCUGGAGGCUCUAGGAGAUGAGCCACUGAUGUCUCUGAAAACCCAGAACCAUGAGACCCCAGGGAAGGAGAAUUGCAAUUCAUCUAUAGAAGAGAACUUGGGGACAGUAAAAAGCCCAGAAAAAGAAAAACAAACACUACUGAAGUCUUUAGAAGAAAAGAAUGUAGAGGCAGAGAAAACUCUAGAAAAUGGGGUUCUUGAACUAUCUAAGCCUUUAGGAGAAGAAGAACUAAGAAUGGAGGAUCAAGAAUUAAUGUCUCCUGAACACACACUAGAGACAGUUUCAUUUCUAGGAAAGGAAAAUCAAGUAGUGAGGUCUUCAGAAGAACGGAACUUAGAAUCAUUGAUAACUUUUAAAGAGGAGAGCCAAUACCCACUGGGAGGUCCAGAAGCCGAGGACCAGAUGCUUGAGAGACUGGUAGAGAAAGAGGAUCAGAGGUUCCCAAGGUCUCCAGAAGAAGACCAACAGGCAUUUAGACCUCUGGAGAAAGAGAAUCAGGAGCCACAAAGGUUUGAAGAAGCAGAGGACCAGAUGCUUGAGAGACUGAUAGAAAAGGAGAGUCAGGAGUCCCUGAAGUCUCCAGAAGAGGAGGACCAGCAGGCAUUUAGACCUCUGGAGAAAGAGAAUCAGGAGCCACAAAGGUUUAAAGAAGCAGAGGACCAGGUGCUUGAGAGACUGAUAGAAAAGGAGAGUCAGGAGUCCCUGAAGUCUCCAGAAGAGGAGGACCAGCAGGCAUUUAGACCUCUGGAGAAAGAGAAUCAGGAGCCACNAAGGUUUNAAGAAGCAGAGGACCAGGUGCUUGAGAGACUGAUAGAAAAGGAGAGUCNGGAGUCCCUGAAGUCUCCAGAAGAGGAGGACCAGCAGGCAUUUAGACCUCUGGAGAAAGAGAAUCAGGAGCCACNAAGGUUUGAAGAAGCAGAGGACCAGGUGCUUGAGAGACUGAUAGAAAAGGAGAGUCGGGAGUCCCUGAAGUCUCCAGAAGAGGAGGACCAGCAGGCAUUUAGACCUCUGGAGAAAGAGCAUAAGGAGCCACAAAGGUUUGAGGAAGCAGAGGACCAGAUGCUUGAGAGACUGAUAGAAAAGGAGAGUCAGGAGUCCCUGAAGUCUCCAGAAGAGGAGGACCAGAGGAGUGGGAAGCCUCUAGAAAAAGAGAAUCAGGAAUCUCUGAGGUCUCUUGAUGAAAACCAGGAGACAAUUGUACCGCUAGAAAGCAGGAACCAGAGGCCACUGAGAUCUCUAGAAGUAGAAGAGGAGGAGCAGAGAAUUGUGAAACCUCUAGAAAAAGUGAGCCAGGUCUCCCUCGAAUCUCUCGAAAAAGAGAAUGUGCAGUCACCAAGGUAUCUGGAUGAAGAUGACCACAUGAUUAAGAGCCUGCUAGAAGACAAGCCUCACGAGACCCUGGGAUCUCUUGAAGAUAGAAAUGGGGAGAACUUUAUACCACCUGAAAAUGAGACCCAGGGUUCAUUGAGGCCUCCAGAAGAAGAGGACCAGAGGAUUGUGAACCAUCUAGAAAAAGAAAGCCAGGAGUUUCUGAGGUCUCCAGAAGCAGAGGAAGAAGAAGAGCAGGUGAUGGCGAGAUCUCUAGAAGGAGAGAACCAUGACCCACUGAGUUCUGUGGUGAAAGAGGAGCGGAUGGCUGCUGAGAGCAAGCUAGAGAAAGAGAGUCAGGACUCCGGGAAGUCUCUUGAAGAUGAGAGCCAGGAGACCUUCGGGUCUCUGGAAAAAGAGAAUCUAGAGUCCCUGAGUUCUCUAGCAGGUCAGGACCAAGAGGAACAGAAACUUGAACAAGAGACCCAGCAGCCACCGAGGGCUAUAGAAGAUGAGCAGAUGGCAGCGAACCCUCCAGAAAAGGUGGAUCCAGAGUUACCAAAGCCUCUUAGAAAUGACCAGGAAGUAGUCAGAUCUCUUGACAAAGAGAAUGAAGAGUCACUAGGGUCACUGAAUGAAGGAGGUAUGGGGACAGUGAAGUCUUCAGAAACAGAGAACAUAGAAUCACUGGAGACUGUGGAAGAGUGCCUGGGAAGAGGGAAGUCUGUAGAUACUCGGGAGCCAUUGUGGUCUACGGAAGUGACUAGUGAGACAAUAGAACCUCUAGAAGAUGAGGCCCAAGAACCACUGGGGUGUGUGGAUGAGAACCAAGAUGCGCUGACACCCCUUGAAAGGGAGAGUCAAGAACUGAGAUCUCUGGGCAAGUGGAACCCAGAGACUGUGGAAUCACCAGGAGGGGUGGAGGACAGUCAGCAGUGCCUGGAAGUGGAAGAGGGCCCAGAGAGGGAGCAGCACCAAGAGUCUCUGAGGUCUCUGGGAGAGGUGGAGUGGGAGCUGCCUGGAUCUGGAAGUCAACAGAGGUGGGAGGAUGUGGUGGAAGAUGGAGAAGUGGAUCAGGAAGCAUCCCUGGGGGCUACAGGAGUGGAAACUGAGGAUAAGGCAGAGUUGCAUCUGAGGGGCCAAGGUGGGGAGGAGGAAGCUGCAGAGGAGGGAGAGCUGCUGCAAGAUGCUGUGGGGGAGGCCUGGAGUCUGGGGAGCUCGGAGCCCAAGGAGCAGAGGGUCCCUGCUGAGCCCCUCGAUGACCUGGAGGGACAACCAGAGCAGACGGGAGCCCUAGAGGUCCCAGUUGCUCAGGGAAUGCCAGAGGCGACAGAGCAAGAUGAGGACAGAGCCCAAGCAGGUGAACAAGACUCCGUAGAGGUGACCCUUGGGUUAGAGGCUGCCAGAGCUGGACUGGAACUCGAGCAGGAAGUGGUAGGGCUAGAGGACCCAAGGCAUUUCGCCAGGGAGGAGUCCAUUCACCCAUCCCUGGGGGAGGAAAGUGUGAAGGCAAAGAUAGCUCAGGGCUUGGAAGAGCCUGGAAAGGAACCAAAAGAGGCAGGUGCUCUGGACUCAGGCAUCCCUGAAUUACCCAAGACUAGCAGUGAGACUCUGGAAUGCAAGGGCUGGGAAGAGUCUGGGGAGGGCUGGGGAGAAGAGGAGGCCUUGCUGGAGACCUCAGACCAUGAGGGCAGCCAUGCCCCUCAGCCCAGGUCCCCUAAGACAGAGGAAGAUGUAGGUGUACAGGCAGCGCUAACAGUCCCUGGUCCCAAGCUUCUGGAACCCUGUUCACCCAUCCCGAUCUUGACAGAUGCCCAUGAGCUGCAGCCCCAGGCUGAGGGGAUCCAGGAGGCUGGGUGGCAGCCGGAAGCUGGGACUGAAGCACUGGGAAGAGUAGAAGAUGAGCCAGAGUUUGGUCGUGGGGAGAUUCCUGAGGGCCUCCAGGAUUGGGAGGAGGGCAGAGAAGACAGUGAGGCAGAUGAGUUAGGGGAAACUCUCCCUGACUCUACUCCCCUGGGCCUCUACCUGAAGUCUCCUGCCUCCCCAAAAUGGGAGCAGGCUGGAGAACAGAGGCUUUUCCCUCAAGGGGAGGCCAGGAAGGAAGGCUGGAGUCCUGCUGUCCUGGCUGCCCAGGGUCUCAGUGACCCACCAGAGGAAGAGCAGCAGGGCCAUGACUCUGACCUCUCAUCUGAGGAAUUUGAGGACCUAGGGACUGAGGCCUCUCUUCUUCCAGGGCUUCCCAAAGAGGUGUCCAAUCAUCUGGGCCAAGCGCCCCCAGUACUGCAGCCUGCAUGCUGGGAUCAGGGUGGGGAGUCUGAUGGGUUUGCUGAUGAGGAAGAGAGUGGGGAGGAGGGAGAGGAAGAAGAUGCUGAUGAAGAAGAAGGAGCAGAGUCAGGGGCUCAAUGGUGGGGGCCAGGGCCCUCUGGUGGAGGUGUCAAGGUCCAGGAUAUCACCCAGAGAGGGGACCUGGAACAUGAAUCUGUAGGUGACAGUGGCCUCUGGGAUGAUGGCUUGAGUGGGGCUGCAGCUAAUGUUCCUGUAACUGCCCUAGAGACGGUGUCUCAGGACAGUGCUGAGCCUUCCGGGUCAGAGGGGUCUGAGUCUGCUUCCUUGGAGGGGGAGGAAGGUCAAGCGAUUGACCAUUUAGAUGCCCCCCAAGAGGUGACCAGCAUGGUCCCAGGGGCAGGAGACACCUUUGAUAUCAGUGGCCAGGGCCCCAGCUUGGAGUCAGAGCAAGUGAAUGGCAGGAUGGAGAAUGGGCUAGAGCAGGCUGAGGGUCAGGUGCUUCUGGAUGGGGACAAGGAUCAAGGCCUCCCUUUACAGGGACAGGCUACCCUAAAGGCCCCUUUAGUAGGGUCUCCUGUGCGUCUAGGCCCAAGCCAGCCGCUGAAGUUCACUCUGAGUGGGGUAGAUGGAGACUCCUGGUCCUCAGGGGAAGAUUAGAAACUGCCCCUCUGGCACUGAGGACUUAGUGGGGGGUGGGGGUGGGGGGAAUGUCCCUCCCUGCUCUGGGCCAGCACUCUUAGCUUUGAUAACUUGACCUGUGGUAUCUGUCCUGGAGAGGUCUGGCUGGCUGAGACAGGUGAGAUCCUGCCUGGAUCACCCUGAAGGCUCAGGUCAGCUGAGCCUAUAGUUCAACGCCCCCUUUCUUCUGUGGCUCACCUGCUGGAAGAGGCCUGGGCCCAGAGCUUUCCCACGAGGCUGCUCUGGCCAGAGCUUGCUAGCCCUGCCUGUCUACAGUAGCACCACCUGCAACAGGGUCUGGUGCAUGCCCAGAGGAGCUGAGGGCAGCAAUGAUGAGUGACUCUCAUCUCAUCUCAGCCUGCUUAGAUCUUGUUUCUCUCUUCCUCCCUUGAAUAAAGCUGUAU